AUGGUCACGCCCGUUUACUGCAUUUUAUCGGGUAGCGCCGUACACUGUGUUUCUGUUGAUGCGUUCAGCUCCAAGGAACCGGAAAAAUUGGCGAGAAACCCCGAAGUUGACGUGCACAAGGACACGCCAGUACCACUGAACUCGUUGAGCCCAGCACUGUUGAACAUUAAAAACAGGAAUUUGCUAUUCACGCUCAACAACCCUUCACUUUCAGAUCUCGAGCUGGAAAACUAUAAUACGUCAGACCGCAGAACGUCUAAUGCACUGUCUUCAGAGGAGGAAAAGCCGGCGUCUGCGGUAUCCCUUCCUCGGUCCAAGCUCAUCCAGCCGGAUGACCUGUCAACCAACGAUACAGAAGAGUUCAAAAAUGGGACCACCACAUCUCGUCUUCGUAUAAAUUUGGAGACGCCCGCAUCAGAUGAUGAGGAACAGACUAACAACCUACAGUCAAUCCUUGACGAAUACAAGACGCACGCGGUGUACUUGCCCCAGUUUUCGGUGGACAUUCGAAAUAAUUUAGAUAGUGACUAUACGCAGAUCAAGCUGCUCUUGGCGAAGAUAUUUCCUGCUUGGUCGUCAGAUGAUACUAUCAAUAUCAAAAGGUUGACAGGGGGGAUCACCAAUAUGCUCUUAUCAUGUACGCACGAGCCCACCAACGAGACGCUUCUAAUGCGUGUCUACGGUCAAGGCACAAACUUAAUUAUUGAUCGUCAUCGUGAGUUUGUUUCCCACUUGGUGCUCAACUCUUUGCAUUUGGCUCCUCCAGUACAUGCUAGGUUUGCCAAUGGUCUUAUAUACGGCUUUUUGGAGGGCCGCUCGCUAGAUCCGGAGGAACUUGCGAAUCCGUUCUUGUAUCCUUUAAUAGCCCAACAGCUAGGCCAUUGGCAUAGCAAAGUGGACUGUGAUAGCAUCGAAGACGGGAUUGAAAAGCUACGAAAGUACACAGCUCGUAUGAAACAUCAACUUCUGCCUUCUCUUCGUCCGGUUACCCCUGUGAGCUCCAAACAGAAAAGGGAAAAGGGCGCAAAGAAAGCAAUAUCAAACAUUUGGGACCUUAUCGAAGACUGGAUUCUGGUUGUUCCUGCAAACGAUGCCCUCGUGAAGAUUUUCAAUGAGAAUUUGCCAGAUCAAGAGGUCAAUAUCGACAAUGUGCGCGACGUAAUCUACAAGGAGUUCAGAUGGAUGAAAUCAACACUUAAUAACGACACAAAAUCGCCCGUGGUGGUUUCCCAUUGCGAUCUUCUUUCGGGGAAUAUCAUUGUACCUGAGACUUCAGAAUUUAAGCAACGAAUUGAGUCCGGUGCCAAUGUCGCAUUGAAGCCAUUGCUGGAGAACCCUAUUCAAUUCAUUGACUACGAGUAUAUGCUUCCAGCGCCACGUGCUUUUGAUAUUGCCAAUCACUUUGCCGAAUGGCAGGGCUUCAACUGCGAUCGGUCAGCCAUUCCUGAGCCAACUCCUCUGAAUCCAGUUAUUGUGAAGUGGUGUCAGGCAUACCUAGACGAUGCCAAUGCUCUGGAAGAAGAGAUAAAUGGUCUUAUCAACGAAAUCGCAUAUUACUAUGGCAUGCCUGGCUUUUACUGGGGUAUUUGGUCCAUGAUCCAAAGUGAGCUUUCAACAAUUGACUUCAACUACGCAGAAUACAGUGGUCUACGAUUCGAAGAGUAUUGGGUUUGGAAAGCCAAGUAUCUUAGACGAAAAGUCUAG